AUGCUAAGCGGUAUUUGUCGUAGCUUACUAGGUUGCCACCAUAACAUCUAUAUAUCACCUAAUGGGAAGCUGAUUAUCGAUGGAAAAUGCCAGUGCCCUAAUGGGCAGGAAGAGGCUGUAGAUGGCACCUGCAAGCCUGCAAAGUGUGACUCUGGGUUGUCGACUGGCAGAUGCUACUUCUUCAAAGGACGAUCGGAUAAUUAUUUAACAUUCAGCGCUAACCAAUAUUCCGAAACUGGACUGAGCAAGUAUAUCAGACCCGCCAAGCUCCAAUUCUGCAGAGACGAAAAAUGCACUCCUCACCUGCCCGUUAACCCAAGCACUGAGGUCUACAUCAAAGACCUCCACGGCACGCUACCAGACGCAUCCGAUGCCGGGCAGUGGCUCGACAACAAGCAGAACGGCGGACACAUUGGCAAGACGCCCGACUUUGCCAAGGCCGGAAACUUCUCCAUCACCAAGUGGCCCUGCGGGAAGCACUGUCUUACCGGCUUCACCGAUGGCCUUACGCAGGCUUGUCCAGAUGUCAGUCCUGGAAUCAGCUUCGAUACCCGUGCAAAAGACUCAUGCAUUGAGUUCGAGCUUCUGGGAGUGCCUUGUAACCUUAGCCUGACGAUGUGA